AUGCCCUUCUCGCCAGCAGAAAUCGACUAUCUCCGCAAAUCGCUCCAGGCCACGCCCACGAUCCGACCAGACGCCCGAGAGCCCAACCAAUUCCGGCCGGUGGAUGCAGCGCAGAACUUUUUGCCAGCAACAAACGGAUCAGCCCGAAUAAGAACGUCGGACGGAGGCGAAUGCAUUGUGGGAGUCAAGGCCAAGGUGGUGAAGAACUCGUCCGUGGACGAACUGAUUGCCGUGGAGGUGGAUAUUGACGAUAUCAGAGAUGACAGUCCCUUGCCCAAGCUGCUGUCUGCCGUACUGCAGACGCUCAUUCUUUCCAGCAUUGACACAAACCGGCUUCGUCUGACCCGGUCCAAUUAUGCUUUCAAGCUACAUAUUGACGCGUUGGUGCUGUCGCACACCUCGUUUCCUCUGAACUUGGUGUCUCUGGCCAUUUUCCUGGCUCUCAAAUGCACACGUCUUCCUCUUCUGGUGUCCUCAGCCAAUGACGAGGAGCACGAGGAGGUCCCUGUAUUUUCCGACGACUGGGAGGAGUCUCUGGCGCUCUGUGGAGGCGAGAUUCUGGCCAACAACUCCGGAUCGGAGGCCAUUUCGUGGACCCCGCCUCUGGUGUUUUCUCUGGCAGUGGUAGGGAACAACAUUCUCGUCGAUCCCACCCACGAAGAGGAGUCUGUGUCUGACCUUGGCCUCAUCAUGGGCUGGUGCAACGGCCAGGUCUGCGCUCCUCUACGAAUCAUCGAUCUUGCAUCUGCUGGAGGCAACGUGUCUCCCGAGCAGCUUAGCCAGCAACAGAGCAUGCUGGAGCAGGGCAUCGACCUGAACAUGAAGGGUACUUCGCGAAAGCUCAUCAUGAAGGCCUACUCUCUGCUUACCAACACCGCUCCCGAGGUUGUUGCUGCGCUCGACGCCACUGCUGACGAGGAGGAUGGUGCUUUGUUCUAA